AUGUCCUUGUCGCCAUCCUUGGCGUGCCUCAGGCUCAACCUGCGACGUUGUGCGCUUUUCCCGCGGUGGAGCAAGCCGUCGGGAUGGACCUUUUUUUUGGGACGUGCUCAGGAGCGCCCCAGGGUGAGUGAGCCCAGGGCCAUGAUGCGGGCUGCCAGCUGUAGCAACCGAGCUGACUCUCUCCUCACUCCCGACGCUGCCAACAGAGUUUUGGCGACUCGGGGGUUAAAACUGGAGAUCACAGGGGUGGUAAAAGGGGGGUCACGUGCUGGCAUGAAGUCGCUGCCAUUGUUGAAGUUGGUCAUCAAAGAAGGAGAGAAAUCGAGAAAAGCUUUCAAAGGACGAGAAAUUCUUGAAGUCUCGUGA